CGCGCGUGCGGGGCAGGCUGGGCGCCGGGCUGUACCAUCCCGGCCCCGGCGUCUGUUUACCAACAAACUGCCCGCGCUCUGCAGCGACGCAUUCCGACGCGCUGAAUAAGCCGCCAGCGCUGGCGGUCUGGUCUCAAUUUCCCUGCAGAUCCCCGGCAGCCGGAGCCGAAUCGCCUUGCGGACCCCGAGAGCUGGACACACGAAGGCGGGGUUUUAAGUGUCCUGUCAGCGGAGGCGCCUCCGCCCACGGGGCAGCUACGCUCGCCCCUCGGGCAUCCCAAGGCCGCCCGCUGCCUAGUACGUCUGCCAUAUUACUGAGGCUCUCUGGCUGCGCAACCACCCUGCAACCCCGGCACCCUCUCAGAGAAGACGCCUGGAGAGAUGGGCCAGGAUCCUUCGCCCCGCAACCCUCCCCUCUUCCUACUCUGGCUGCCCUGGGGGCGGGUCCCGGCUCCAAGCCUCAGUGAAGUCACUAAGUGCAGUAGCCAAUCCGGGGAAUCUACGUGGGCGGGUCCGUCGGGUCCCGGGAACCGAACCUUGUGGAUAGGAGGGGGGGCUCCCACAGACUCAGGGGGGAGGGGAAAAGCAUGGGGGACACCCCCCCCGGAACCCCUUUCCCGGGUGCGAGCUCUCCUCUGGAAGAGCCAUAGAGAGACAUUUUCCACGGGAUCUUAAGUGAGGGGCCGCUGGCUGGAGGUUUCGUCCGCCCAACGACCAAGGCCCUGGAAAAAAGAGUUGGCGGAGGGAGAGGGAGACGUGCUGGGCCAUGACCUAGGACCUUCGGCUUGGCCUCGGCCGCAAUGACCUCUUUGCCCUGCCCCCUCCCUGGCCGGGAUGUCUCCAAAGCUGUCUUUCCGAACCUCGCCCCCAUCCCGUCGGUAGUGGCUGCCUACCCGCUUGGCACGUCCCCCGCAACCGCAGCCUCUCCCGAUUUGUCCUACUCCGGACCGUAUGGUCACCUUCUGUCCUACCCCUACACCGGGCCGGCGACGCCAGGAGACUCCUACCUGCACUGCCAGCAACCCGCGGCGCCAUCUCGGCCCCUCAGCGACCCGGCUGAGAGCCCACAGGAACCAGAGACAGAAUCAGAGAAGCCAGUGCUGUCCCCGGAUGCCUCCCAACGGCACCUGCUUGCCCCUACCAAGAAGCAACGCAAGCCAAGAACCAUCUAUUCGAGCCUGCAGCUGCAGCACCUAAACCAGCGUUUCCAGCAUACGCAGUACCUGGCACUGCCCGAGAGGGCCCAGCUGGCAGCACAGCUGGGCCUCACCCAGACGCAGGUAAAGAUCUGGUUUCAGAAUAAACGCUCCAAAUACAAGAAGCUCCUGAAGCAGAACUCUGGGGGCCAGGAAGGGGACUUCCCUGGGAGACCCACUUCCCUGUCUCCCUGCUCUCCACCCCUUCCAUACCUCUGGGAUUUACCCAAGGCAGGUGCCCUGCCCACUGGUGGCUAUGGCAACAGCUUUGGAGCCUGGUAUCAGCAUCAUUCCCCAGAUGUACUGGCUCCACCUCAAAUGAUGUGAGUCUGGGAAGGAGGGCAGGUCAGGCCCCAGUCCUGCCAAGCCCAAGACUGGUGCACCUGCAUCCCUUCUGGAACAAGAGGAAACCAGCUCCAGAUGGGUUUUCUUGGAGGAUGAGGAGCUAGAAGAGAAAAGGGGACGGGAUGGAGUCCUGUUCCCUUAACCCAAACAGCUAACUCAAGGACUUAAGCCUUUGUCACUGUUGCAGAGACUACCACAGAUUGGACACCUUCCCUCCAAAUGGAUAAAGACUCUGCAGAAAGUGUCAUUGGCUGGAGUUUAGUCUGUCCUCAGGACCCUUGAUUUUGCCACUCCUCUCUUGCUUCAAAGGACUGCAGCCCCACCAUUGCCUGGGGUCAAAACCAGGAGGAAACACUGAAUAUUUGUUCUCCGUGUGCCUUGGGCCCUGUUUGUGAGCCAGAGCAGAAGUGGACAUCCAGAGUCUUCAAAGCUGACCACCAUCAGGUCCCACCCUCUGAUACUUCCAUAUCUGGGUGUGUAGCUAAGUGAUAGAGCACAUGCUUAGCAUGAGGCUCUAGGUUCAAUCACCAGUACCCAAACUAAGCAAAACAUACAAACAUGGAGUUUGUGGACCUGUGGUUAAUUUAUGCUCCCCUUCUAUAAAAGUCCUUUCCCCACAUGACUAUGCAUUUUAAGUAGAUAAUAGACCCAAUUAUCCAUACAAUUCAACAGCUAUUUAUUAAAAACCUAUUCCCUCCUAUUCCCCACCCCUAAUAUAGAACAACAUGCACAUAUUCUUGGGAACCCAGCAGACUAACACUUAAGGGGAAAUGGGGACAAACAGGUUCUUUGGAUGGUUGCAGGUAUAGAUACCCCCAAAUAGGUGGGGCAGGCCUGGCAAUGUGCUCCUUAUCCUGCCUCUGUCCAAAGGAACUGCUCAGGUUUAUAACCAAUCUGACUAGCAUCCAACUCUUACAAUCCGUGUACCAUGAGCUUCUACAGAUUAAAGUUUGUACAAAAACCUGA